GAUGUCUCCGCGUCGACCUCGACUUCAUAGGAGUCGCUCCCUUUCGCAGCAUAGCGAGGGAGAGGUUCCCACGGCAUCCUCUCCAGCGGCAUCCUUUUUCGGGGUCGAGUUCCCCACGGGCAGUCUCUCUCCUCAUGCUACUACCGGUUGUAAUGGGGAGGUUUUCUCUUCGGUUUUCGUCAGGCAGGCUAUUGGUCCGCUUCCUCCGUUUGAUAGAGAUCGUUCCGAUGAGUCUUGCAGUUUGAUACGAGAUGGGGGACGUCAUUGCUUACGCCAGCUGAUCACGGAUGCUCCUUUUACUGCAGACUCUACUUCUACUCAGGUUUUAAAGAAGCCCAGUUUUCUGUUCGGAGAUCACAUUGAGGAUCCGGCUAAGUUGAUUCUUACUGAUGAACAUUAGCUGAAUAAUGAUGAAGGAGCCCUCCUGUAUAUUCCUUCCAUUCCUCGUCAGCAUUCUUUCACUCAUUUAAAGGGACAGGCCGUAGAGCGACAGAUGUCCUGGCAUCUUACCAAAGAUGCUGAUCGAGUUCAUUGUGGAUACACCUCCCAACA